GCGAAACGUUACCUCUCCAGACAGUCUGGCAGACUCUAGGACCCCGAUGAUGCUGCUGCUGCUUCACCAAGAGGCUGAUGGGUGAAUCCCGAUUCGGAGGAAAGGAGACAUGUCUGAUGCACCUGCAGUGGUUUAAUUCAAUAACAUCCUCGGCAGAGGGACAUGAUUGAUGCGUUAUUGUUCACAAGAAGUGCUUGCUGAGCGCGGUAGAAGCGUGCUGCUCUGCAUAGCUGGUGCCGCACCCGCUCGUCACUGGCUGGACAGCGGAGCGCUGGCCAUGGAGUACAUCCGGACACCCAAGGUGGAAAAUGUCCGUUUAAUUGACCGAGUUUCCACCAGAAAAGCUCCACUAGGAACUUUGUAUCUCACUGCUACUCACAUCAUCUUUGUGGAAAAUGCAUCAGAAGCUCGCAAAGAAACUUGGGUGCUUUACAGCCAGAUAUGCACAAUGGAAAAACAGCCAACAACAGCCACUGGUUGUCCACUUUUGAUUCGCUGCAAGAACUUCCAGGUCAUUCUGUUCAUCAUUCCACAGGAGAAGGAUUGUCAUGAUGUAUACAUUUCUUUGAUCCGUUUAUCUCGGCCAGAGAAAUAUGAAGAGCUAUAUUGCUUUUCCUUUAAUCCAAAAAUAGACAAAGAGCAACGUGAACAAGCUUGGAAUUUUUUAGACCUUAAAGCUGAAUAUAACCGAAUGGGAGUGCCAAAUUCUCUCUGGCAACUUACUACUGUGAACCGAGACUAUGGGGUAUGUGAUACAUACCCAACUGAAAUUUAUGUACCAAAAUCAGCUACGCCUCCCAUUAUUGUAGGAAGUUCAAAGUUCAGAAGCAGGGGGCGUUUUCCAGCACUUUCAUACUAUAACCAAGGCAAUCAUGCAUCCAUCUGUCGAAGUAGUCAGCCUUUGUCUGGCUUUAGUGCGCGCUGUCUGGAAGAUGAGCAGAUGCUUCAGGCCAUUAUGAAAGCCAAUCCUGGUAGUGAAUUUAUGUAUGUGGUGGACACUAGACCUAAGUUAAAUGCAAUGGCUAACAGAGCAGCAGGGAAAGGUUAUGAAAAUGAAGACAACUAUUCGAAUAUAAAGUUUCAAUUUAUUGGCAUAGAAAAUAUUCAUGUUAUGAGGAACAGCUUACAGAAGAUGCUAGAAGUAUGUGAACUCAAGUCUCCUUCAAUGGGGGAUUUUCUGUGGGGCUUGGAGAAUUCUGGCUGGCUGAAGCACAUCAAAGCUAUCUUGGAUGCUGGCAUUUUUAUUGCAAAGGCAGUGGCAGAAGAGGCCAUUAGUGUACUUGUUCACUGCUCUGAUGGAUGGGACAGGACAGCACAGGUCUGUUCUGUAGCAAGCCUCCUGUUGGACCCCUUCUAUCGGACCUUGAAGGGAUUUAUGGUACUUAUUGAAAAAGACUGGGUAUCAUUUGGCCAUAAAUUUACUCACAGGUAUAAUCAUCUAGAUGGUGAUCCCAAAGAAGUGUCUCCGGUUAUUGACCAAUUUAUUGAGUGUGUCUGGCAACUAAUGGAGCAAUUCCCGUGUGCCUUUGAGUACAAUGAGAGAUUCUUGAUCCAUGUCCAUAACCACAUUUACUCCUGUCAAUAUGGAAACUUAAUGUGCAACAGCCAGAAAGAAAGAGAAGAAAUGAGAAUCCGAGAGAGAACACAUUCUCUGUGGGCAUACAUGUGGGAGAAUCGUGUGGAUUACAUGAAUCCUUUAUACAGACCAGACCACAGUCAAACGCAGGGAGUCUUGCGGCCAAUUACAACUCCAUACUACUUCAAGUUCUGGAGGGGAAUGUACAACCGCUUUGAAAAAGGAAUGCACCCAAGACAAUCAGCAGUAGAUUUCCUAAUGGCUAUCCGAGAGGAAACUCAGCAGUUGCAAGAGGAAUUUGAGGCUCAGGAGGAGAAAAUUGCCAAGCUAGAAAAGGUGCAAAUGAAGAAUGGCAAACUGUUACCAAAACCUAAAGGCAGAGUCAAGCACUUUUGCCCCUCCACAUCUGAUAACAGCAUCGCCAACACUCCACAAGACUACGUCAGUGGGAGUGUGUGUACAUUUCCUAAUGAAAGUCCUUUGCAGCAGUUAGACAUGGAAAACUCUCUUCUCAUUCUUACUAAAGAGACUCUGAAGUGCUCAGACCCUGAUCUCUCUGCAAACAGUGAUCAAGAGUCAGGAGUUGCAGACCUGAGCUGCCGCUCGCCCAGCGGUGGAGACUCACUACCUAGUGAGGACAGCGUCAAGGAUCCCGAUUCAGAUGAAGCUACUUAUGUGGCAGCUUGAAUAGAAAUCUUAAUCCCUGCUCCUUGUGCUGGUUGUAAAAAGAACUCGGGAGUGACAUUCCAAAUGGGGUUUGGGAGGGAUAUGUGUGUGCAAUGAAUAUGAAAAAACUACAAUUGAAAGGUGGAAUUGAAGACUUUGACUUAUAUUAUAGCAAUUUUAAUUUAACUUUUAAGAGCCAAUUAUCAUCUUUUAGACCCUACAAAGGUCAAAUUUGAUGAAAUAAUAGGUCUUUUUUGAGAAUUUGUUUUUUUUUAAAUUAUAGGUUUACAAGGGCACACUUAGUCAAAGACUCAUAAUUUACCAGUUUUUGUUAGUGUAAGUGAUACUUCAUCCGAAUUGCUGUAUAAAAUUUAACUAAAUCACAAAGGAAUGUCACAUGUUUACACCAAAUCUCCAUGUUACACUAUAGGUAGAAUUUUGUCGGGUAGGCCCUGUUCUCUCAAACAUGAUCAAAAUGCUCAGUUUCAUUGUUUUAUGGAAUGAAACAGUGCUGUGCUGUAUACAGAAAAUGGAGUAAAGAGUCUGUGACCUCCUUGGUCCCUUUUACACCUGGCUUUACUGUAUGUAAGUUUUGGUGAUCCAGUCAGGAUGAGAGAGUACUUGACCAUACUGUGAAUGCACAGAUGGUGAUCACAUCACUCAGACCUCAUUCAGAGGUGGUCAGAAAGACAGAUUCACCUGUGAAUUUGUAAGCUUGUAAUGUAAAGGAAGAAAAUCACGAAAGGAAAGAUAAGAGCUGUUGGUUUGUGCACAUUUACUACUGCUGGUGUUCUAUACUAUGUAAUGGCCUGAAGAAAUGGUUAGAACAUGAUGGGACCGAAUUGGCUGCAAAACAGUUGUUACGAGAGCAGUGGAAAUACUUCCUGACAACUUAUGAUUCCGUAACUUUUUUUUGUUAAUCAUACUUCUUCAAAAAAAAAACAAAAAAAAAAAACACAGAUUUGUGUCACAUAUGGGAAUUUUUGGGUUCCAAAAAUCAAACAUAAUGUUGCACACAGUGGUUUAACAACAAUGCAGUUGCAAUCAAUAACAUGGUGGCUGGUGUUCAUGAAAAUAAUCGGAAAUGAUAAGAAUGACUGAAUCAGGACACUUCGAACUCCAUAACUAUUAAUCAUAAGAAAAAAAAUGCAAUUAAAAUAUAGAAUAGCCUAAACUCACCAAAAAGACCUGUACUAAUGAAAUUCAGAGAAAUUAUUGACAAUUGCCUGCAUUUAACACUUUUCAUUUGUCAUCAGUCCCUUAAAAAUCACUGCAAGGGUGUCCUACUGUAUUCCAAACACACCUGUCUGUUCACUGAAGUCAGUAACUAUUCAAGCAGAUGUCUUCUCGGAUAACAAAUUAAAUUAAAGCCAUGCCGUGCCUGGCCAUUUUGUUGCAGUUUUAGGGAAAACUGCUAUGGUGUUAGCUUUUGGAACAUUUUGAGAUCCCAAUGUUAUAAUUCACUUAUUCAAAUACUGCUUAUUGUUCUUUCUACCCUUUGGUGGGUUGGCACCCUGCCCAGGAUUGGUUCCUGCCUUGUGCCCUGUGUUGGCUGGGAUUGGCUCCAGCAGACCCCCGUGACCCUGUGUUCGGAUUCAGCGGGUUGGAAAAUGGAUGGAUGGAUGUUCUUUCUACCUUGAUCUGGGGCUGUUAGGAGGCUCUGCACAUCUUUAUUAAUAGGCUCGUGGUCUUCUACAAUGAGAAGAGAUGGCCAUGGAGGACAAGAAGAAGAGGCCUCUUCUGUGGAGCUCACCAUAAUGCUUGAUUCACCUGAUGCACAGCAAUGUUAGCGACUCCGUCAUAGCACUUCAUUCCAUCCUCCCUUGAUGAUUUAAGCAUAGAUGAUAUUAUAGGUUUAGUUUGGCGAAGGCUGGUUGUGUCAAUUGCUUCCUUUGAGCAGUGCUUAGUUGUUUUCUUUUUCUUAUCAUUAUCUGCUUUCUAACUUUUUUCAUUUCAGGUAUUACUGCUCCUACCAAUCUGUUGCCGGCAACAUCAUGUGAAAUGACACAGUAGCUACUCACUGUUUUGUUUAACCUAGAAAUGCCCAAAUAUUUAAUCUGUUUUCAAAAAUUAAAUUUAUAUUCUUGUGGCCAGCUUUUGGGGGUGUCCAUUAUGCCACUGCAUAUGUGGAGGCUGGUUUGAAUUUUGUGUGGGGAAGGUGACAUUGGAUCUCUAUUUUGACAUGAAAUAUAAACAGGAGAUGCAUUUUAAUGUUUGAUAUAAAUAUAAUCUGCCUAAAUUAUAUCCAAUUACAAUAAUGCUAGGUGUAAAUGGACCAUCAGUAUUUAUCUUAAAUGCGAUUAGUUACAUUUGCCCCAUGUGCUUAUAUGGAUGGAAUUCUCCCUUACUUACUUUUAUUGCUUUAUCGUCAGGUGAGUGAAGAUCAAAGUGCGGCAUGAUGCUAACUUUUUAUUUGUAUUUGCAUUGACCAAAAGUCAGGAAUUAAUUUAAGUGCAGUU